GAGCUUCAACACAGAACAGAAUUCUUACUCUGGAUCAUCCACAGUGCUGUUUUCUCUUGUCCACUUCAGUUCUUGUUUUACUCUUUAAAUAAAACCUGCACUUUCAUCUGCCAUCUGAUGAAUCGCCUGGCUGAGUUGAUCCUCUGACACUAGUGUCUAAUGUGGGAGUUAAUUUGUAAUUAAUGUCACUAUAAAGCAACCAUAUCACUAGAUCCAAUCUCUGAAAUGCAACUGUUCCUCCUUUACAGUGUUCAGUAGUGAAAAGAGAUGGCAAACUCAGGACAGCAGGGUUCUCCUGAUCUGAAGAUUGUGCUGGUGGGGAUAACUGGAUCAGGAAAAAGUGCUACAGGAAACACCAUCCUGGGCAGAGAGGGUUUUAAGGAUAAAACUUCAUCAGUGUCUGUUACCCUGCAGUGUCAACAUCAGAUGCAUCAGAGAGGAGACAGAAGCUUACUAGUGAUUGACACUCCUGGGUUAAGUGACACAUCUCUGACUGAAGAACAAGUAAAGUCUGAAAUUGAGAAAUGCUUUGACAUUCACGCUUGUGUACCCUGCAUCUUCCUGCUGGUUAUUAGUCUGGCCAGAAGAUUCUCAGAAGAAGAGAAACAAGCAGUGGAGUGGAUCGAGGAGAAUUUUGGAGAAGAUGCUUUAAACUUCACCAUUGUUGUGUUCACUCAUGCAGACCAUUUGAAGGGUACGAGCAUGGAGGAUUAUGUUAAAGAAAGUGCAGAAUUAAGUAGCCUCAAAAACAGAUGUAGAGGAUGCCAUUCAUUUGAUAAUAAAGACUGGCAGAACAGCACUCAGGUUACAGAACUGCUGGAGAAAAUUGAUCAGAUAAUCAAAAGUGACACAAAUCAGCACUAUACAAAGGAGCAAUACCUGAUGGUUCAAAAUGAGAUAGAAGAGAGAAAGAGAAAAGAAAAGAAAAAAAUGUAUUCCAGAAUUCCAGUGAAAAUUCUUUUCGCUACGAUAAAUGUAACUGUGGGUCUAUUAACCCUACACACUGUGAUAACAGGGAUAGCUGAGUUUGUAGAUACAGGUAGAGUCAGUUACAAACUUCUAGUUGGAUUAGGAUUAUGUUCUUGUAUUACUUUUAUUAGAUGUGUUCGAAAAAAAAGAAAAGGACUUUGAAAAAGUAGGAAUGUCAAUGAAUCCAUUUAAUCACUGAGCUUUUGUGAAAGGUAUUUUGAAUGAUAGAAAACAUAAUCACAGUUACUUGCUGAUAAACCAGCUGCUCAUCUUUAUGGUCAUUUUUUAGGUCAUAUGCUAUUGUCACUCUUGUUUUAAACACAAUAAUCUUUCGGUAAUUGGUAACGUGUUUCUUUUUUUUUCUUGAAAUGUUUCAGUGUAACAUUCAAAUUUUGGUUUUGUUUGUUAAAUGUCAUAAUACUUGGUGGUAAUAAAUGUGGGAAUUCUACCUUGGAUGCCAUGUCGAUACCAGUAAUCAAUGCAAUGUUUUGAUUAUUCGACUUCUUUUAAUUUAACAAUUAAUUGUUGAUUAUGAAGGUGAAUCUUUAAUGUGUAAUGGGACAAGAGGGACACAGCCUAGAUAUACACUGACCAGGCAUAGCAUUUUGACAUUUCAAUAUUAUGAGUGGUGAAGUGAAUAACACUGAUAAUCUCUUUAUCAUGUCACCUGUUAGUUGUUAGUUAGGGAAAUAUCUAGUAGGCAGCAAGUGAAAGUUUUGUCCUGAAAGUUGAAUAAUCUCAUUAUGCUGUAUGUGAUUAAUGUGUACUACUAGCAGUCAUAAGGAGGUUGUGUAUGCUUGGUAUAAGGGUUAAAAUAAGUAAACAUCUAUUUAUCCAAAAAAUGUCUAUAAUUGUUCUUUAAUGACAAAUGA